AUGCUCUGUCGUCUUCGGUUCCGGUUUGCGCCGCCGGUCGCCGUGGCAAGAGGCGAUGCGUCCAUGCCGAUCCACGUCGAAGUCGUCGACGAGCAUGGCCAAGGUGUCUCGCUGGCGGCGGCCACGCAGGCAGCGGGCACCGCCGGGUGGUCGAUUGUCGUCGCGGCUGGCGACGCGCCGCCCGUGCGCCUGAACAUGGCUGCGACGCAAAGCCACGGCGUGGUGCGCCUGCCACUGCCGUCGCUCGACGCUGCGUUUCGCAUUCAUGCACAUGCCGUCUCGUCCGUCGAUGCGUGUGCGCCCAUGUACACUGGUCUGCAGGCUUUGACGAGCGCGAGCGCCGUCUCGCCGACGAUCCUCGUGCUGCCGCUGAGCUCCAAGCACAUCUGCAUCAGCGACACGUUCCGUCCCGGGACCAUUCCGGUAGCGCGGCGCGUCUACGAUGCGAAUCUUGUGUUGCACGAGACGUACGGCGACGCGAUGGCCGCGCAGCAGUGGGACGCGGGUCUUUGCCUCGCGUCCUAUCUGCAGGCGUGGCUCUCGUAUACGUCGCCGCCGACGACAGUGCUUGAACUCGGCGCUGGCACCGGGCUCCUUGGCCUCGCGCUCGCCAAGUGGCUGCCGGCAACGUCGACGGUCGUCCUCACCGAGCGCACGUCGGCGCUCCGCCAUCUCGAGGAGACCCUAUCUCGCAAUGCAGUGGUCGUCUCGGCGCAGGUGCACGCCGUGGCGCUUGACUGGGGCGACAACGAACAACUGCUUGCGCUCCGCGCAUCGCUCCCAAGUUGUGAUCUCGUCGUACUCGCCGACGUUCUCUACUGCUGGGCGGCCCACCCGCGCCUGCUCGACUCGCUACGCGGGCUUGUGCAGCUCGGUCACACGUCCAUCUUCGUCGCCCACACGCACCGGAGUGCGCACAUUUCGGCGCACCUCGCAGCCCUCGAGAGAGGAACCGCUGCCGUCGCAUGCGGCCACUGCGACGGCGUGUGCGGCUGGACCGCGUGGCGCUGGCAAUCGCUUGCGACGGUGGGGGCGACACAGAUAUUUGCGUUAACAUGGAAAGCUGCCACGUAG